AUGAGGGCUGAGAUCUUGGAGAUCCUUCAGCACGAACUGUCAGGUGACUCCCUUUUGGUCCUCAACAGCACUAUGCCGGCUCGUGGCACCAAAAAAAAAUAUGGAAGUGAUGUUCCAGAGAGCCAUGGGACAUGUCACCUCAGAUCGUAUUUGACACCGGUGAGGGACGAAGAGGCCGAGUCCCAGAGGAAGGCGCGGUCCCGGCAGGCAAGACAGACGCGGCGUUCGACCCAGGGUGUUACACUCUCAGAACUAAAGGAGGCACAGAGGAUCUUCGGGCAAUUGCCUUCAGACAGACCAGCUGAUGGACCUGGUCUGGACAGGACAGCAGGUGCAAAAGAUGAAGGGCUGUCCCAAGGGGCAGAAGCCCCAUCAAGGGAUCCAGAGGCAAUUCAACCCAAGUGGGACAAGGAUGUUGAUGAGCUUGGUAAUCUGAGGCCCGGAACAGGAACCGAAACUGAGAGCCCUUCCACAUCUUGCACCUCACCUCCUGCUGGUUGCUCCGUCUUCCAUCCACUCUCCAGCCUGUCUAAUCGGCCCUCAAAGGAACUGGACCAAAACGUCUAUUCUGCUGGCUGUGCAAUGCAAAGACUCGAAAACACGAGUUCCAUCACCAGACUGCUCAAUAAAUGAUGUAGGGCUGCGUGGAAAAAUUUCAUCAAGUCUCUGACCGGACCACGACUAUGGUCUCCACAGCAUCGGAAUACACUGCUUUCACAGAAGGCUCUUUAUAUCCCU